UGUUGGUUUAACAGACCCGGAAAAUUUUCAGUGUAACACCGGAAAUUAGUUUGCGGCGGCAUGACUUGACUUAGGUUUCUCUUUGCUGUGUUUUUGGAAAAGAGGAUACAUGUCCACUACAGCAAAAUUAGAGGAAGCAUCUAUGUCAGAUGUGGAAAGUCGGACUCGUUUAUGUGAGGAGUUUGCUUCAAUUGCGGGCACUGACUCAGCUGUUGCUCAGUGCUACCUAUCUGAAAAUGACUGGGAAAUGGAGAGAGCACUGAAUUCUUUCUUUGAGGCAGAUUUGGAAAGUGUAUUUGAAGUGAAAGAUUCUCAAGAGCAAAAAAGUCCUGAAAGAAAAAAACAAAAGAUGGAUCAAAAUGUACCACAACAAUGCAUUGAUUUGACUGAAGACAGCCCCUCAUCUUCAAAACAUGAAGAGGAAAAUGACAACAAACUAUCUGUUAUUACUUGGAAUGUAGAUGGUCUUGAUACAGACAGCCUCGCUGAGCGGGCCAGGGGCCUAUGCUCCUACUUAGUUUUAUACACUCCAGAUGUGGUUUUCUUACAGGAGCUUAUUCCACCCUAUGUGCAGUACUUGAAGAAAAGAGCUGUCAGCUACCUAAUUGUUGAAGGAGGUGAGGAGGGUUAUUUCACUGGCAUGAUGCUCAAGAGGUCCAGAAUUAAACUCUUGGAAAAAAGCAUUGUACCUUAUCCUACCACUCAAAUGGGGAGAAAUCUGCUUGUAGUUCAGGUGACUUUCAAAGAGCACAAAUUGUGUCUGAUGACUUCUCAUCUGGAGAGCUGUAAGGGCCAUGCAGAGGAGCGGAUGAAGCAACUUCGCCUGGUGAUGCAGAAGACAACUGAUGCCCCUGAUGAUGUGACAGUGGUGUUUGGAGGAGACACUAACCUCAGGGAUACAGAGGUGGCGAAAGUCGGUCUUCCCUCAAAUGUGUGCGAUGUGUGGGAGCAAACAGGCAAACGGGAGCACUGCCGCUACACCUGGGAUACCAAAAGUAAUACCAAUAAGAAUGCUCCCUAUAUCAGCCGCUGCCGAUUCGACCGUAUCUACUUCCGCCCCGCUUCAAAGGAGGGAGUGCCACGCCUCCACCCUGAUCACAUGGCCUUGAUAGGUCUCGAGAAACUGGACUGUGGGCGUUUCACGAGUGACCACUGGGGAAUCUACUGCUGCUUUGUUUGGUCUUAAUACCUUUGACAUUUUAGCUCAUAUAUGCCAUUUUAAAUUCUGUUAUUUGUUGUGUCAUAUAUUACACUAUUAAAAUGUAUAUAAUUAUAGACAAAUUUAAAUAAAGACAUGGACAUUU